AUGAGAGAUUGGAAAGAAGGCAGUGAUUGCUGUUUAUGGGAUGGGGUCUCAUGCAAUAUGGAAGCAGGUUUUGUUUUAGGCCUUGAUCUCAGUAGCAGCCUUGAAGGCCCUUUGCGUUCCAACAGCACCCUUUUCAGGUUGCUUCAUCUUCGGAAGCUCAACCUUGCUGACAACAACUUCAGUUCAUGUUCAAUUCCCUCUGAGUUUGGCCAGCUUUCCAGGUUAACCCAUCUCGACCUCUCUUACUCUAAGUUUUCUGGUCGUAUACCUUCUGAAAUCUCAAGUCUAACAAAUUUGAUUUCACUUGAUCUUUCUUACUAUUCUGGCAUGGAUUUUCCUUUUGGCACAUAUCCAACUAAACAAGAGCCAGAGCUCUUAUCUCUUACAACAAAUAUAAGUUUGAAUAUUUCUACUCUUCCCAUGUUUGAUCGUUUAUUUUUGUCCUCGUGCAACAUAACUGAAUUUCCUUUCUUCCUGAAAGCACAAAAUGAAUUGGCCAUUUUAGAUCUCUUGAACAACAGAAUUGGCGGCCUAAUACCUAAGUGGCUCUUAAGCAUGAACUUGGGUCGGUUGAGUCUCUCUCACAACUUCAUUAACGGAUGGGAAGAAGUUCCAUUGAUUCAUCAAUGGAAAAGUUUAAGUCAUCUUGAUCUCAAUUCAAACAUGUUGCAAAGACCGCUUGUUGUUCCUCCAAUAUCCACCAUGUUUUUGUUCAUAUCAAAUAACAGCUUGACUGGAAGAAUUGAUCCCUUGUUCUGCAAAUUAAGGGAUCUUGAAGUACUUGAUGCAUCAAAUAACCAUCUGGAUGGCAUUAUUCCUCAAUGUUUGGAAAACUUGGAUGGUUCUCUUAGAGUGCUCAAUCUUCGAAGAAAUAGCUUCCGUGGGAAUAUUCCUCAAAUCUGCAGAGAUAGAAGCACAUUAAUGACAUUGGACUUGAGUCACAACCAAUUAUAUGGGAAUAUUCCAAGGUCGCUUGUCAAAUGCAAAAACUUAGAUGUUUUAAAUCAGGGACACAAUGAUCUAAGUGAUACAUUCCCUUUUUGGUUACAGGAUUUGCAGAGGCUCCAAGUUCUAGUAUUAAGCUCCAAUAAAUUUCACGGCCCAAUAUGGUGUCCUCAUGAUUUUUUUGGCUUUAUGACAUUGAAAACCAUUGAUCUUUCUCAUAAUGAUUUUAAAAGAAACUUGCCUUUGGAAUAUUUUAGAAAUUGGACUUCCAUGAGUUCUAAAGUUUCCAAAAUGGGAUUUGAGUCAGAUGCAGCAUACGACGGAAAAGGGACUUAUAAUGAUUCGGUGAAGAUAAUAUUUAAGGGACAAGAAAUGGAGUUCGUCAAGACUUUAACAGUCUUCAUAUCAAUUGAUCUCUCCAGCAAUAAAUUUGAUGGAGAAAUUCCAAGUUCGUUAUGGGGUCUCAGAUCUCUAGUUAUGCUCAAUUUGUCAAGCAACAAUUUUACUGGACUCAUCCCAUCAUCUUUAGGAAAUCUAAAAGAGCUUGAAUCAUUGGACCUGUCUAAUAACAAGCUCUUUGGUAAAAUCCCUCAGCAAUUGACAGCCCUCACUUUUCUUGCAUAUUUAAACUUGUCUCACAAUCAACUUGUGGGUCAACUACCACAAGGUGGACAAGUUUCAACAUUUCAAGAUUCUUCUUUUGAGGGUAACUUGGGAUUGUGUGGCAUUCCGUUGUCCAGAAAAUGUGAAACUCCUCCCUUGCCAGCUUCUAAUGAUGACUACAAUAAUGAGAAAUCAGAUUCCAUAUUUGGUUUUGGAUGGAAAGCAGUAGUGGUGGGAUAUGGAUGUGGACUGCUAAUUGGAAUGGUGGCUGGACAUGUGAUCACAUCAAGGAGGCCGGAUUUGAUUUCCAGAAUUUUUAGGGUGAGACUACAGAGACGUCAGCAGCAGUUGGAUUCACAGCCCUUUGCGUUACAACAGCAGCCUUUGGAACUUGCUUUGUCUUCUCAUCCAAUAUGGACCAGUACCAUAGGGGACCAGUUUGCUACAUUUGCAACAAGUUCAUAUGAUGGGAACCUGGGGUUACGUGGCUAUCCAUUAGCAGCAAUAUGCGGGAGUUACGUAGUUGCAAAAUCACCAUCAUCAGCUUCUGAAGAAUCAUGCAAUUUUGGUUUAGAAACAAUUUUGGUUUAUGGAGAUUUUGCAUCUGUGGGAAACGAAAAGGAUAGUUAUAAGGAGGAGGACUUGAGGAUUUAG